AUGACGAUCUGCGGGAGGCUCCACCUCCCCAAACUCUGCCCAGAGCGACAGAAUGUAACAGACAUCAAUACACGUCAGUCGCCUUCCUCAGGUUGGCUGACCUCGAUGACGCCAAGGGCAGCAUCGUCCCAAGUAUCGAGCAUCAGCCGAUGUGUGUCAAAGGGAUCUCUAUGCAAGCCGCCUUCUAGCCAUUGCCUGCGAAGAGCUCAAGGCUACUCCUCUGCUCCGCCCCAACCCGAACGUAAGCUACAGCAGUCCAGCCAACCUUCAGGUCUCAAGUCAUGGCAACGAUACGCUAUUACGAUGGUCAUAGGAGGAGUCGUAUAUGGACUGUAUGAGGGUUACUCCAACAAGCAAGCGAGAGAUGCUUUCAUACCUUAUAAGCUUGUUAAGAAGGAUCCAGUGUCCACAUCCGCAAGCAUCUUUGUUCUUCAACCACAGGCAAGAUCACCAGAUCUAGACACAUACAAGGAAGCAUGGCAAAGAGGAAUUUGGAACUUUCACUUCAAACAACCUCAAUUACAAAUUGUCCGUGCUUAUACACCUUUACCACCACAAGACGCACCAUCAGUGGAGGGCGUCAGCCAAUUGCGGUUUCUUAUCAGAAAUGAUGCCUACGGUGAAAUGUCAAGCUACCUUCACCGACUGCCAAUCGGAUCGCAGAUCGAGCUACGAGGACCGAAUAUCGAGUACGAACUCUCACCUGAUGUGAAGCAGAUCGUCUUUUUUGCCGGUGGCACUGGUAUCGCUCCAGCUCUUCAAGUAGCUCAUGCCCUUUUCAGUCAGAAGGAACACAGUAAGGACAAGAAAUUACAUAUCCUGUGGGCAAAUCGAAAGCGCGAUGAUUGCGUUGGCGGCCACAGCGAUCACUCUCCCGCAGAGCCUCUGGUGAAGAAGUCUACAACCAGCAGCAACUCCCCUACUCUCAAUGCAUCUACCAAGACGGCGGCCUCGAAUGACCAAGGACUUGUUGUCAAGGAACUUGAGCAGCUCAAGGAAAAACACCCUGGGCAAGUGACGGUUGAGUACUUUGUGAAUGAAGAAAAUACCUGGAUCGAUAGAGAUGCCGUCUUUAGAGCCCUAGGUCGCUUCGACGACAAUGACUUUUCUGGUCGGUCCUCGUCCUCACAAGAACAACGGCAGAUUCUCAUUUCUGGCCCUAGUGGUUUUAUCAGCUAUCUUGCUGGGCCAAAAGAGUGGCGCAAUGGAAGGGAGCAGCAAGGUGGAGUGAGCAAGAUCCUUGCUCAUGCCAUUUCAAUGAAUCCGCACAACGUUAAAGUAUGGAAGAUAUGA